UUUACGUUAACUUAGAAACAAGGUCACACCCUGAGCCGCACAUAGAAAAGACUAAGUGCUAUCCUGGGUCCCUCGCGCCCCUACAGGUCCUCCUUUGACUGUCAGUCACUGACUUUUGUCCAAUAGGAGCGAGGAGGCGGGGAGGGGCGGGGGACACGUCGUGCCGCGUGCAGGAGCUUGUGGCGUCAGCGCGCCCACUGGCCGUGUCCAUGGAGAGCAGCUGAGCUGCUGGAGCAGCACCUCCCUGGGAAGGGAAGGGGAGGUGGGGGAAAAUGUCUGCUUCGUUGGUGAGAGCUACAGUCCGGGCGGUGAGCAAGAGGAAGCUGCAGCCCACCCGGGCAGCCCUGACCCUGACACCCUCAGCUGUGAAUAAAAUAAAGCAUCUUCUUAAAGAUAAACCUGAAAAUGUAGGUCUGAGAGUCGGGGUCCGAACCAGAGGUUGCAAUGGCCUUUCUUACACUUUAGAAUACACCAAGACAAAAGGAGAUUCUGAUGAAGAAGUUGUUCAGGAUGGAAUUAGAGUGUUCAUCGAAAAGAAAGCACAGCUAACACUUUUAGGAACAGAAAUGGACUAUGUAGAAGACAAAUUGUCCAGUGAAUUUGUUUUCAAUAACCCAAACAUCAAAGGAACAUGUGGCUGUGGAGAAAGCUUUAACAUUUGAAAACUCAGGACUCCUUUGGCAUUAAUACCAAGAAUGCUCACGGUCAACCAUGUGGCUUUCUAAAGAAAUCAUGUUUCUUUCAGGUUCUGGGCCUUGCAAUGUAUGGCUGCCUUAUGAGGAAAAUAAAGUUAAUGCAUUUGAAAAUAAAACUAUUGUGUUAAAUUCUGGAAAAAAUGGUCUUUGCACCAUCUCUUAUGUGACAGAUUGUGUCCUAGAAGAUUUCUAAGGAGCACCACUGUUACGAUUUGAUAAAGGAAAAAACUAACCAACCCUUAUUCUGAGUUUGUAUCUCCAUCUGUUAUUUCUCGUAAAAGAAAUUUUCCUUGUCCUUGUCUUAUUGAUUAGAUUUCAGUCUUGCAUUUCACAUAGUUGUACGUGCAGUGGAUAAGUGUGGAGUAUUUUCCUAGUUUUUACUUUUUUUCCUUGAUUUGGGGUUUUCAAAAUUCAGAAGCGGAAAAUCUGACUUCUGGUGGCAAAAAACUUUAGAGAUCUCUCACCUCACCUCAAUAAAAUAUUGAUCAAAGCUGUAACAGCCUGGGUCAGUGUAUUGGAGGUAGAUAAGAGUUUUUAGGAACACUGCAAAGACCAUGCUUUCUGAGAAUAGAUAUCCCACUUCUCCCAAAUGUUUAUUUCUCCCUAAAGCAUGAGGCCUAAAGCUGAUUUAGAAUUUUAAAGCUGGUUGGAAUCUUCUAAAUCAUCUAGUUCAACCCCACCCCCUUCCCCCCCCCCCAAUUUAACCAAGAAUCUAAUAAGGUGGGGUGACCUCCCUGGGGUCACAUCCUUGAAGUCACUUAACUAGUUAAAGGAAAACCCAAACUGGGCUUUCCCUUGUGCCACCAUAGCCCUUUAAAGAUCUGGGUCUCUUAUUUCAUUGUCAGCUGUGCAUAAUGCCCCUGGGCUUAGGUAGUAGAGGAAGUUAAGGAUCUAUAUUUGAAAAGAGUAGAGUGGCCUUUUAUCUAGUCUACUUGUUAACUGAAUUCCUUAAUCUUUCAGUAGGGUACUGUGUUUUCCUUAACUGAUAAUUUGGAGAGAAAGUUGUUUUAAUGGCAUUCUUUCUUUAUAAUUGUGUAACCACAAUUCAAAAAAUCAAGCAUGAUGGGUAAUGGAGCAUCCUGAUAAUUCCUUUUUUUAAAAAUUCAUUUCACUACUAUAGCUAGUAUGCUCCCCUUCGGUGAACGACUUUUCUAAAGUUUCAGAUUGCAUAUUUUCUGAAUCCCAACUUCUGUUGCUGGAAGAUUCAUUCCUUUUUUAAAUGAGUGAAACUCUUCCCCUCAAUUUUCUCUUGACAGUGUUCAUUGCCUAUCCUAGUUUUUUAUUCUGCAGGGUUUGACACGUGGAAUGCUUUGAUUUUGUGUUUAAAAUUUCAGUUCCUUUAAAUAUGAUUGUCCUGUUCAUAUCCUGCUCAUUUGCAGCCUGCCCAUAGGAACCUGAUGCACAACACGCACAAAACCUACAAAAGUAAUAUUAUAUAAAGUGCUAGUAACAAUUUGUAUAGUUAAUAUUAUUUUGUUGAUCCAUUUAUAAUUUGUGCAAUAUUGUAUGUAGAAGUCUUUGUUGCCAAUAAAAAUGUGUCCUCUCUAUUUAA